AUGACUGGCACAGCAGAGAUUGUGGUCCGGUCGAUGGCAGCGUGUUCGGGCGCCGUCAUGAUCCUGAGCCCGUCCAUCUUGAUCUAUCGCGUCUCCCAGCAGAAGGAUGUGGGGGUGGCGUCUGUGAUCCCUCUCGUGACUUUGUUCUCCAAUUGCCACAUUUGGGCACUUUACGGCUACAUGAUCGAGAAUUGGUUCCCAAUUUUCUGGAUUUACUUCUUCGGAGACUUCGUGGCGCUGGCUUUCCUCUCUGCUUAUUGGAAGCAUUCAAGACAGCGACGCUACGUGAACCGAGUGCUGUUAAUUAUGGCUUGUAUCGUGACUGUCGUCACUGUCUACGCCAUUGUCGGAGGAUUGGGUCAUACGGGCCAGUCAAGAGACGGGAUGGGCUCUGUUAUGGGUAUCUUUGCGGAUAUCUCGGCUAUCUGUAUGUACGGAGCCCCCAUGGAGAAGCUUCUUCAAGUGCUCAAGUACAGAUACGCCGCCUUCAUUAACGCGCACAUGGUCAUCGCGGGACUUACGAAUAAUUGUCUGUGGUUCACGUAUGGUAUCCUGUCCGACAACUGGUUUAUUAUCUCGCCCAAUAUCGUCUUCAUCUCACUCAAUACCUUCACCUUGGUACUCUGUGUCGUUAGACGGUGA